AUUAUCUGUCAGUGAUGUGGUUGAUAUACCAUGGAUUUAUAUAAGUACCAUAUGUAUUUGAAAGAGUAAGUGUAAGCAGUAUUUAGUGCCAUAAUCAUGUGAACUUGUAGUUCUACGUUAUACUUUUAUUUAUUUACCAAAGUUAUUUGGCGGGAUGCGGGUAGAGGUAGGCCUCAUAUAAAGUGUACGAAAAUCGUGAGCUUUGAGAAAGCGUAUGAUCUAAUGAGCUGAGGGUUACGAACUAUGCAUUAAAAGAUGUUACGACGAAUAUUUUGAAUGAAUGUGGAAUACAAGUGUUUAAAUUUAAAUAGUACAGCGUUGUUCCUCAUGUCAGUUUUAACCCUGUUAAUGUUAAAGUUAAUUUUGACGAUUCAGAGAAAGAUUAUUACAGUGGAAUGUUGCGUACCGCCAAUUUGUUAUGCUGGAAAACAACCGAAUAGGCAAGUGUAGUUCAAGAUCACAUAUCUUUCCAAGUUACUCUAAAGUAAAGACUUACUGAAGGAAGACAGAAUACCAGAAUGAAUCAUGUGGGAUCAUCUGUUGGGAUGUAUGUUUGUGAACUAUGACUGAUGAAUCACCAUUACUCAUUAGUCUGGUUAAACUCCAAGUGAGGAAGCUGAAAUUAGGUGGCUUCAACCUUAGUGGGAUUUCAGAUGAAGAAAUAAUGAUAUCUAAUUUACCAUUAUUAUUUGCUGAUGGCUAUCCAACAUGUUUGGAAAAGUUUACUUUGGCACAGUUAGAAAGGUUUGUUCCAUUUAUGCUACAGUGCUCCUUAGGACAGAAGUACCUGGACAAAUACACGUCUACACCAAAAUGGUGGCCAACAGAUUUGCCAUUUUCAGUCUGUGUUAAGAAACCAGUGGGAAUGGAUGAUACUCGUUGGUUUGCCACGCUGAAGAGCAUGGUGUGCCGGUGUUACACCUACCAUGGCUGUGAGUUCAUGCUGCGGUUUUGUACAGAAUUAUCCAAAUGUCCCAGCACAACAUAUGAGUUUGUUGAGUCAUUGGAUGGAACAACAUCGUUAUACAGCAAGGAGACUGGAAGAUUAAUGGUCACUUUUCGGAAUGAAAACCGGGAAUAUGAUAAAGGGGUGGAGAGUAAUCCCCGGCGAUUCUUGGUCCGAAGGAAUUGUUCUCAAAAUACGUCCCACAUUCUCCUUCAACCUCCAGUUUUCGACAUAUAUCUGUGUGACAACUGUGAUGGGGAAUUUGAUUCUCUGCCUGAAGUACAGGAACAUGAGAAAACUUGUGGAAAGCAGCAGAUCUCUCAAGAGAUGAUUCCAGAGGAACAGCCCAAGCAGCAGAGCCAAGAUUCAUUCUUAUUAUAUUUUAAUUUAAAAUCAGUCAAUUCUGAAAAUGUGCCAAGAGCUGUAAGCCCCUUGAAGAAAAAUAGUUGCAAGAGACGUUAUCGUGUGGGUGUAAGAUUUUCACGUUGCUCUGCUGUUCCAUUCUCAUCACCUUUAGGUAUUCUCAUACAGAGGAAAUCGCGCAUGGCUCCAAUUAAUUCACAGGUACUACUAGAGCGACUGGAGCGGUACUGCAUUACAAAUGUGGAAGGUGCAAGUUCUAGAUUUCGAGAACGCGAAUUUGAAGACAAAAUGCAAGAAGCAAUUGAAUGGCCUGUCACCUGGAAACCUCCACAUCAGAAGAAAGCACAAGACAUCUGGACACAUCAUUACUGUUUUACAGUAAAGGAGAGUCAUGAAAAAAUUGCUAGAAUAGCAUCUGGAGGGCUGAGUAAGAGGAGUCAAAAACUUCUAUCCAUGUGUCGUGAUGUUCGAGUUGUGAUGAUGCGGCUUACAGAAGAAGAGAUAGUUGGUCUUACAACUAGGAUGCCAACACCAGAUCCCUCCCCAAGAGACAGUGAGGCUGCAUUUCAGCUCCCAACAUUGAUUCCCAACACCAUGUAUGCAUACAAUGCAUAUUUGAAUGUUAAGAACCAUUAUCCUGAGCCCAUAGCGCUGUCACCACAGUCAACAAUCCCUGUCAUAGAUUUAUGCUCUACAGAUGAGGAAGAUGAAGUAGAGCCUAUAACAUCUGUGCCAUUGCUGAGUGAUGAAAAUAGCCCACUGGUUUUAGCUGAAGAAAAAUAUCAGGAACAAAAUGGAGUUGAAGAUGUGGAACCAGUCUUCUGUAAUAAAACAAGUAGCCCAAGUAUGGCAGUUUACCCUGUAAUUGAAACACCAUAUGAAACUUAUGCUCAAGUAAGAAGAAGUUCGUCGUGCCUUGAUAAAGGUACAUUUGCAACACGGGAUCCAAGUGACCCUUCAUUGAGGUUCUCAGAAUCAGUUUCACAGGGCUGGCAGAUGAAUAUCUGCAUGAAGACUCCAAUUUCUACUUCCCCAGCACCAGCUUUUACCAAUGAGGAAAAACACAUUACUUAUUCUUCAGCACUUCGUUUUAACUCAGCAGAGGUUCCAGUUCCAAAUUUGGCAAGCUCCGAAAGAAAGAGAAGAUUGCAGACAAAGAAUUUCAACAUGAUAUCAGCAUCAGAAACAUUUGGCGGUGAUGAAGUUGAGGAAGUACAUACUCCAUUUCUUCAACGUGACAAAGCUGAUUAUUUUAAAUUCUACAAUCCAUAUGUUCCCCUUAUUAGGACUAGGAUAGAUUCUGAAACAAAGGCUCGGGUGUCAGUGCCAUCUUAUGUGUCUGCUCCAUUAACCAUUGACUGUACAGAUACUGAAAAAUCCAAUUCCAAGCUCUCAUUUCCUUGCAGAAAAGAAGAAAUGGAAGUUUCAGUGGAAGAUGCCACAUCAAACUCACCUUCAUUUAUUUCAGAGGCUGACAGUUCAAAAUCUCUCCAUUCUGUAUCAUCUCUUAAUCAUAGAAAGGAACAAACACUCACAAAGGUGUGCUGCAUGUCAUCUGAGGAAUCAUCCCGUCAUAAUGCGAGGGAUGCAUACUUGUCAUCGUAUGAGGAGACAGGAAAACAUCAUACAAGUAUGUUAAAGAUGAUUCCAAACACAUCUUCACCAGUUUUGACACGUGGGAAAAGUACAUCACUCGAUGAGACCGUGAACACUUCUGUAUCCGAUCACUUAAUGCCAACACGUCCACGCAGAAGAGUACGAUAUCAGAGAAAAAUGUCUAGCACUACCCCAUCAUCUCCAUCUAUUGCACGAAACUUACAUACUGAUGGGGAUGUUGCAAGUUAUGCUUCACUGCAGUCUAACCAGACAGACUCUGUGAAAAUGCACAGAUCAAAGAUAUCAGUUCCUCUAAGAAAAGAACAAUCCCAAUCAAAGGUUGUCAUAACUCCUCUACCUGCAACGGCACUUACAUUCUCAGAGGAGGGAGAUGGGACUGCUUAUGCCCCACUGCAUUGUGAUAUGGAGGAUGAUCCAAAACUCCAACAUUCUAACCCCUCUCUUCCUCACAGAAGGGACCGGACCCGAUAUGCUAUGAAGAGAGCAUCAGAGGCACCCCAGCAUAUGGGAGAUCCUGACUCUGUUGUCCCUACCCCCAAGAAGCCUAAUCUCAAAGUUUACAGGGAAACAGUGCCAGGACUGGAAUCCAAAACACAAGACACUUCAAACAGUGACGUAUUUUGGGCAUCGGUGAAACUUGAAAAGGCAGCAGAGUCCCUCCAAAGAUGUAUGGCUCAACAUAGAUCUCCACUCUCCAUCCGCCGACUGCGUCAAAAUGAGUGCAGGGAACCAAAAAGAAGAGGACCGGAUGAAAUUUUGAACAGAAAUGACACAGUGUUGUGUGGCGAGUUGAUUAAUGAGACUGUCCAUUCCAGUCUCCUAGUUGCUGAACUUUCAGAGUUGUGGAAUAGAAACUGUUCCCAGGUUAAGGACACUGUGAAAGUUGGAAAGCUGUUCAGGCAGGAGGACUUGUAACUGUUCUUUGAGGGACAUGAAAUGGAAUGGGUUUGUGGUAUGACAGCUUCUAUAAGUCUCUGUAAUGUUGGUGACAAAGAAAAAUAGCUUCUUUGGAAUUAUUAUGGACAUUUCUGUUCAUAUAUUGUACCAAAUUUAAGUUUUAUAAAUUUAAAAAUGCAGGGAAUAGUUCUGCUUUCAAUGGAGAUAUUUGUAAUAGCAAAAGCAGGUGACAGAAAUUUUGCAGUAUGUUCUUGUCUUUCAUUAAACGUUGAACAGUGUCUUCGGUAAUUGUGUUUGGGUACAUUUCCUCUUCAUUUUACAGCAUGUGAUGUCAAGGGUAUUGAAUGUUAUUCAGAUGAAGUGUUAAAAUACAGACUUCCAGAUGGUUGAAUUCAGAUAAAUCUAGCCCUGUACUAAGGGCCGUGCCAUAGCUCAAGCAGUUAAUCAGUGGCUUCUCACCACGGCAGCCCGGGUUCGAUCCCAGG